AUUCACGAUGCCUCAUUUCUAGAAGCGGAUGAGCAAGUUCUUCACAUAUCAGGAAUAAUUGCAUAGCACAAGUAUGGGCGAGGGAAUGAGCUAUAAUAUAUAUAAGAGCACGGCGGCUCCUCGAGGUCUUGGCAAACAACACCGACUCUCGACUUCAUCCCCUGACAACAUAACUUGGAGAUAGCCAGACACGACAGCCGCCAUGUAUCUCCUCGCGACCCUCGUCGCGGCCGCAACGGCCGUGAACGCCCACUAUACCUUCCCAGCGCUGGUACUGGGCAGCGCAAAACAGGGCGACUGGGUAAACGUCCGGCAGACAACCCACUGGCAAAACAACGGCUUCGUAGGCGACGUCACCUCGGCGGGGUUCCGGUGCGACCAGCUCUCCGCCGCGGGGGCGACGACGAUCAACGUGGCGGCCGGGUCGACGGUCGGGUUCGCGGUCAACCCCAGCAUCUACCACCCGGGCCCCGUGCAGAUGUACCUCGCCAAGGUGCCCGAAGGCAAGACGGCGGCCGACUGGGACGGAAGCGGCGAGGUGUGGUUCAAGAUCUACGAGGAGCAGCCCACAUUCGGGUCGUCGCAGCUCACCUGGCCGAGCAACGGCGAGUCAAAGGCCACCGUCACCCUGCCCAAGUGCAUCGCCAGCGGCGAGUACCUGAUAAGGGUCGAGCACAUCGGCCUGCAUGUCGCCCAGAGCGCCGGCGGCGCGCAGUUCUACAUCUCGUGCGGCCAGAUCAACGUCACCGGCGGCGGCACCGAAGAGGGGAGCCCAAAGGUCGCGUUCCCCGGCGCUUACUCCGCCACUGACCCGGGCAUCCUCAUUAAUAUCAACUACCCCAUCCCGACGUCGUAUACGAACCCCGGACCGAAGGUGUUCAAGUGCUAGGUGGGAGAGACGAAAUGCUUGGAGGAUAAGGGGCGUGGAAGCAUGGAUUGGUGUGCGAGGAUCUUCUGCAUGACUCGUCGGCGGAACCAACAGCAUAGAGCUGUCUGCACUUCACAGUCGUUAUCAUAACCGCCCCAGGUCACGGCUCCGGGGGCUUCUAGUGAUUUGAUAAUUUGAUCGCUGCGACCAUACAUAGCCCGUGGAAUCUCCGAACCGUUGUGGUGAUACCCCUCGAAAGAUGGGGUUUUCAAAGUGACAUUCGACAUAGUGACUCGUAUAAGAUUAGGGAUAUGCGGUUAGAUGUGAAAUCAAC